GGAGACUACGUUGACCCAGAUGUUUCUGAUGAUGAGGAGGAGGAGGAGGAGGAUGGUGACAAUGAUGGUAACUACAUUGAACCUUCAGAGAAUCCAGCUCCCAAUCCAAUGUCUCGUAAGAGAAACAAAGCUGAAAGGAAGCAUCACACAUUCCCCGCACACGUUCCAGAGCAUCCACCCAGUCCUGAUUUUUAUGAAGUUCCUGACAAAGAGGAGACGUCUACAUCUCCUCAAACAAACAGAUUGGGUCUGGUUUUUGUAAACAAAACUCAAUCAUUACCAAAGCCCUACCCCAGAUGAGACAGCAUUUACGUGUUACUUCAGAGUCAGUGGGCGGGGUUAAUGCUGAUAAAAUCAAUAGUUCUGGUCUCAUCAUCAUCAUAAUUACGAUUUAUGACCAUUGAAUUGCUUCUGUGUAUGAAAAGUGCUUUAUAAAUAAAGUUGCCUUAUGAAAUGAUGAAUAACUUCUUUAUUUCUGUGUUAAUUCUGAUUGUAAAGACUAAACAAACUUUUCUAGUUUUUUAUUGAAAUGCUGCAGAUUUUGCAUUGACUAUCUUAUUUCAUUAACAUUGAGCUG